AUGCGGUGGUCCUUCGUCUCCCUCCUGUCUCUGCUGGUCCCUCUGCUGGAGGCCAGCCCGGUUGGCGAUGUUCAAGCUUUUGCCCAAGCUUCUGCCCAAGCUUCUGCCACCGCCACGGCAACGACAGGACUACCCAGACUUGUUGUGUACUUCCAGACCACGCAUGACCAGGCUGGCAACCCAAUCUCCAUGCUGCCACUCAUCAACGAGAAGGGAAUAGCAUUGACUCACCUCAUCGUCUGCUCUCUUCAUAUCAACAAAGACUCCGAGGUUCACCUCAAUGACUACCCUCCUGGAGACCCCCACUUCUACACGCUGUGGAAUGAGACGACACAUAUGAAGAAGGCUGGAGUGAAGGUGAUGGGUAUGAUUGGAGGUGCUGCGCCUGGCUCCUUUGACUCGUCGACUCUCGACGGAGAUGAUGCGACCUUUGAAAAGUACUAUGGCCAAGUUCACAACGUCAUCACUCAGUUUGGUCUUGAGGGCAUGGAUCUGGAUGUUGAACAGCCGAUGAGCCAAUCUGGCAUCUCUAGACUCAUCACCCGGCUGCGCAACGAUUUUGGAUCCGGUUUCAUCAUCACGCUCGCACCUGUCGCAUCCGCACUGGAGAAUGGCGGAAAUCUCAGCGGGUUCGACUACAAAUCUCUUGAAUCCAGCAAUGGCGGUGACAUCGACUUCUAUAACGGACAAUUCUACAGCGGGUUCGGCACCAUGUCACGCACCGAUGACUACGUCAAAAUUGUGUCCAACGGCUUUGCGGCGUCAAAAGUGCUUGCUGGACAGCUGACAUCUCCUUCUAAUGGCUAUGGCUAUAUUCCCUACAGCCAGCUGAAUGCUACCAUCAUCUCUCUGCGCAAGAAAUAUGGUCAAAUUGGUGGCGUCAUGGGUUGGGAGUACUUCAACAGCCAGCCUGGUGGCACUGAUGAACCAUGGAAAUGGGCACAAAUCAUGACCGAGAUUCUCCGUCCAAACUCGGUUGGCAACAUAGCGAUUACAAUUGAUGACGCUGACCACCUCACUACUGUGUACGACCACACAGUGGGUGAUGAAUCUCGCAAAGCUCGUCCCGGAUCACGAUCCAUUGACUAUUAUGCCAUGGUUAAUGCUUGA